ACUAUUACACACAGUCACACACACUUAUAUAUAUAUAUAUAUAUAUAUUUGUGACAAUAGUGUUUUCAAACACCAAGCCAACACCGCCAUCUUUCUAUGUUCUACCAUGCUCGUACUCUUCGCUUAGCUUCCACAUUUGCCUACAAAUGCAAACAAGCCCAGACUCAAAACCUCUGUCUCUCCACAACCACAACCACCACAGAAUGGACUCAUCAUCCCACAUCAACAAUUCAGAGUCACUCCAAUGUACUCCCACUCUGCUCCUCCACACAAUCUCUCCGACAAACAAAACAAGCCCACGCCAUUGCUCUUGUCAAUGGUCUACUUCCUCACAGUGUCUCUGUCUGUGCCUCUCUCAUUCUCCGCUACGCCACCUUCGGAGACCCAACAGCUUCUCGCAUCCUCUUCGAACACACCGUCCCCUUUUGCCGCACUGCCUUCUUGUGGAACACUCUCAUUCGAGCUUAUUCCAUUGGUGGAGUUCAUGACAGGUUCGAAAUUUACAAUGGGAUGGUUAGGAAUGGUGUCGAGCUUGAUGAUCAUACGUUCCCUUUUGUUCUCAAGAUGUGUUCUGAUUAUUCGGAGUUUCGAAAGGGUAGAGAGGUUCAUGGGUUGGUGUUCAAAUUGGGUUUUGAUUCUGAUGUGUUUGUGGGUAAUACCCUUUUGUUGUUUUAUGGUGGUUGUGGUGGUUUGAAGGAUGCAGGAAGGGUGUUUGAUGAAAUGAUUGAGAGGGACGUCGUGUCGUGGAAUACGAUUGUGGGGGUUUAUUCGGUUAAUGGGUGUUAUGGCAAGGCUCUUGAUUUGUUUUGGGAGAUGAAAUUGAGGUCUGGAUUUAUGCCAAAUUCUGUAACCGUGGUGAGUGUGUUGCCGGUGUGCGCGGAGCUUGAGGAUGAGGUAACGGCAAGCAGGAUUCAUUGUUAUGUUGUGAAGGUUGGUUUGGAUGCUCAAGUGACUAUUGGAAAUGCUUUGGUUGAUGCAUAUGGAAAAUGCGGGAACGUCAGGGCUUUGAAGAAAGUUUUUAAUGAAAUGGUUGAGAAGAAUGAGGUUUCUUGGAAUUCUAUCAUUACUAGUUUUGCUCAUACAGAGCAUAACAGAGAAGCAUUGGAUAUGCUUAAAAUGAUGAUUGAUGCAGGGGUGAGACCGAACUCUAUCACCAUUUCUAGUAUGCUGCCAGUAUUGGUUGAAUUAGAACGUUUUACUGUGGGAAAAGAACUUCACGGUUUUAGUAUAAGAAUGAGUAUGGAAACUGACAUUUUCGUUUCCAAUUCAUUGAUUGAUAUGUAUGCAAAAUCAGGGCAAUCAACCAAAGCUUCCAUAGUGUUUCACAAGAUGAAUACAAGAAAUAUUGUUUCGUGGAACUCCAUGAUCGCUAAUUUUGCUCAAAAUAGUCUCGAGUCUGCAGCUAUAGGAACAGUUCGACAAAUGCAAACUCAUGGUGAAAUUCCCAACUCUGUGACCUUGACAAAUGUUCUUCCUGCUUGCGCACGAAUUGGUUCUCUUAGCAGGGGAAAGGAAAUCCAUGCACAGUCAAUCCGAACAGGAUCUGCCUUUGAUUUAUUCGUCUCAAAUGCUUUAGCAGACAUGUAUGCAAAAUGUGGACGUCUAAACUUUGCUCAAAAUGUAUUUGACAUCUCCCUCAGAGACAAUAUAUCUUACAAUAUACUAAUAGUUGGCUACUCCCAAAUGAGUGAUUGCUCAAAUUCUUUAACUCUAUUUUCAGAAAUGGGGAUGAUGGGGAUGAAGCAUGAUACUGUUUCCUUUGUGGGAGUACUUUCAGCUUGCGCAAAUCUUGCAGCAAUUAAGCAAGGAAAGGAGAUCCAUGGAUUUUUAGUGAGAAAGAUGUUCCAUACGCAUCUCUUUGUUGCGAACUCACUUUUGGACCUUUAUACCAAAUGUGGACGAAUUGAUCUUGCUGUGAAGGUUUUUGAUCAGAUCCCUAAGAAGGAUGUAGCCUCGUGGAACGCUAUGAUUUUGGGUUUUGGAAUGCUAGGUGAACUGGAUACUGCAAUCAAUUUCUUUGAAGCCAUGCGUGAGGAUGGCGUUGAUUAUGAUUCGGUAUCAUAUAUUGCAGUUCUUUCAGCUUGCAGUCAUGGAGGGUUAGUAGAGAAGGGAAGGAAUUAUUUUGAUCAGAUGUGUGCUCAGGGAAUUAAGCCCACACAGAUGCAUUAUGCUUGCAUGGUUGAUCUUCUUGGCCGAUCUGGUCUUGUAGAAGAGGCAGCAGAGCUUAUUAAAAGCCUGCCAAUCGUGCCUGAUGCAAAUAUUUGGGGUGCCCUGCUAGGGGCAUGCCGAAUCUAUGGCAAUAUAGAGUUGGGUUGUUGGGCAGCAGAGCAUCUUUUUAAGCUGAAGCCGGAGCACUGUGGAUACUACAUACUUCUUUCUAACAUGUAUGCAGAAGCAGGGAGAUGGGAAGAGGCAGAUAGAAUUCGAGACUUGAUGAAGUCAAGGGGUGCGAAAAAGAAUCCUGGAUGCAGUUGGGUUCAGAUUGGUGACCAGAUGCAUGCUUUUGUAGUUGGGGAGAGAAUAGAGGGAUUGGAUUUGGAUUUGUGGCUUGAAGAAUCUUAUUAAGACAAUCAUCACUCUGAAGUUGAAUUCUUUAUACAAUGAUGGAUAAUUGAGAAAACAGAAUAUAUUGAAUCUCCGAUCACAUGACUCUAGUUUUGCUUGCUUCGAUCAAGCUUUCAUUCGUGAGGAGCUUAUGUCCAGGUUUCUAUUGAUCAAAUAUUUGAUCAAACUACCGUUUUCGUAACAAUCCCAUGCUCAAAAUUUCAUUUUUGAGAUCUUAAGAUGAAAACCCUGAUUUUGAGAAACAUAAUUAAAACAACGUUUUGAGGCUUUUAAA